AUGAGUCAUGUAGAAAAACUUCCCUCCCUCCCUGUUUUCCUCACCCCGCCUCGCUUCCCUUUAAACCCCCCAGCUGCCAUAAAAGCCGUCUCCACGCUGCCUGCACACGGACCAAUACCCGGCCGCUGUGCGCUCAGAGACGUGAGUUCCGGCGGACAGACAGAACCGGACAAACAGAACCGGACAAACAGAGACACGACCACGGGCACCAUGGGCUCGUCCUGGCUUUUAUUCUGCUCCGCCGCGCUGCUGCUGGUCUUCCCGGGCUCAGCUUCUGAAGAUGAGCACCUCGCCCAGCAGCGAGAGGUCACCUUCGACCUUGACCAAAUCAUGCAAGAGAUAGUGGAACCAGAACCGUUCAUGCUGCAGAAAGAGGUGGACUUGUCGGAGCUCUUGGAUCCUAAAGAGUUUCCCGUAGAGCAGGUGAGGGUGUCUCCGCCAAAACCUAACCAGAGAGAGCAAGGUCCACCGAGUUUCGGGCCUCGUACCUUCGGCGGUCCUCCCGCGCUGAACUACCGCGUCCAGUUUCCUCUCGCCCGACCGACGUCCAACAACCUCCAAGCCAUCUGUCUCCAUAGAGACCAUCGUCCUCGCUACCCGAACUCUUACUUCCCUGCCUCAGGUUUUGGCCAGCUGAGGCGAAGAGCCAGCGGCGUAAACAACGCAGAGUCCUGGUUCGACACUUGCUGCCAAGGAAACCAGACGUGGGAGAGAGAAGUGACGCUGUGUUGCGCCACGCAGGCGUGGGAGCUGUUUGUGGAAACGUUCUGUGAAGAGGACUCGUCAGUCAAAGAUCGCCUGUACAACUGCUGUAAACUGCGCGGCGCUGAUAGACUGAACUGCUUCGACAGGGACUCUCCGAACCCGAACUACGAGCCGACGGAGGUGCUGCCGGUGGAGGCCAUUCCUCCUACCACCAGCUUCAGCUUUGACCCAAACACCUGCCGGAGGACUCAGAUGACUCCUUACAGCGCCAGAGUAAUCAGAAAAAAGAAGGCGAAGAAAGCACCCGCUUCCCAGAACGUCAACAUCAGCUUCCCUCCUGGGCGACCAACCGCCGACGCCAUUGAGUCGCUGUGCAGCCACCAGACGCUCCGCCCCCUCUAUCAGACCAGGUGUCUGCCACGCUCGGGCUUCGGGUGGCUGGCCCGGCAGGCCAAGACCGUGAACCGCAUCGAGAAGGGCUUCAAACAGUGCUGCAAAAAGAAGCAGGAUGUGCUCAGCUGCGUCGACCAGAAGUGGAGCGACGAGAUCGACAGGUUCUGCUCGGCAGAGAACGGCGAGCAGGCCGAUUUCAGCUGCUGUUCGAGCCAGAGUCCAGCCGACCGAUACAGCUGCUUCCACUCGAUGUCUCCAGACCCGCAUUACAAUAAGACCUCCGCCCCCGAGGAGCUGUCGCUGAACAACAUUUGCGACACUCACAAAGUCAUCGACAAGAGGUUCCCUGUCGGCUUCCCAGUGAAGUCCAUUGUGAAACAAUGCUGCCGCCUGCCGGAAGUAGAGAGGACUGCGUGUUUUGCGCAAAAGCUGGAGGAAACUUCAAAGAAGCUGUGUUUAUCGGGCGGCCGCUCUCCUGCGACUGUCCGUCACUGCUGCAAGCUGCCUUCGCAGGAGACGCCGCAGUGCAUCUCCAAAAUCCUCAUGAACGCCAUCAGCAAAGCCACCAACGCCGUGCGUCAGAAGCAGAGGAAGACGUGCCCUCUCUCCUAAACCAUCUGACCUUUAGCUGCUGACCUGACAGGGAAAUUACAGGUCUAUAAGAUGAAAGCAAUAUUCAAAAGUGUGGACCAAGUUCCAGCUUCAUCUGCUGCCAGUGUUAUUUACAGUUAUUUGAGAUCACACAAGAAGCACUGCUACCGUUUAUAAUUAAACAAAUAUAUUGUUAAAUGCAAAGUGUUAAUGGCAGACUGCCGUCUGUGUCACUGUACCACUAUGUUUUAUAGGCUGCUCUUUGAAUUUUUGAUUAUCGAUGCAAUUUAUAGAUUCCUUCGGGGCUUUACGUUUAGUUUUCUUCUUUUUAUAUAGUUUUAUAGUUAAAAUUAUAUGCAACAGUUCUAAUAAAAACUUUUAAGAACGUC